CAYUUAUUCUGGUUCUCAGUUUGAUGACAGACACAAGAGUGGGAAAUAUGAUCUUCGCUCCUGGGUUAUUCUUAAUUGGAGCAUUCUUGUUCCCGGUCAGCCACAUAUUGAUUACAUUCUUWCUAAAGUUUGUCUUGAAAGAUCUAAAAUAUGUGGACCGAUUCAGCAUCAGUACAAGRAUUGUUUCUGGUUUACAAGCCAUUGCUGCUGCAGUUGUUGGUCUCUUAGGUGCUAUUUCUUGCGAGGACAUCAUGAAGGACAGGAUUCCUGCCAUCACAGAUUACCUAUGUUUUGGAUUGACGUAUUUCUACUAUGACACUGUUGUUAUGUACUGUGCUGUGUAUAUGAAAGAAAAAGCCAAAAAUCCUAACAUAGGUCAUAUAUCAGCCUUCAAAAUUUUCUGUCAAAAAAAGAAUUUGAUUAUUUUUCAUCACAUAUUUCUUCCCAUAAUUGGAUUUCCUAUAUCAAAUUUCUCAUGGAUACGUAAAGAUCGAGGAGAUUUCUUCAUUGCUUGCUUGUUUAUGUCAGAGUUUAGUACACCAUUCCUUUCUUUGAGAGCAAUACUUGCCAAGCUUGGCAAGAAAAAUACUCUAAUCUAUGCCAUUAAUGGCUUUAUGUUGGCUUUGGUCUUCUUUAYUUUCCGUGUUCUGGUUUACCCUUACUUAUACUGGAAAUACGCACACUACAGUAAUCUAAGCUACUUUCAAGUCCCAUUUUCAAUCCCAUUCUGUUGUAACUUUGCUUGUUUACUACUUAUGAGUUUACAACUCAAUUGGUCUUAUAUCAUCCUUAAAGGAUGCGUCAAAUACCUUCACAAUGCACCAAAAAAAGAAGACACUUCAAAUGGGAAAGUUCUUUCUCACAGCACUGAAAAUGGACAACCAAAUCAUCAUAUAAAUGAAGUAUCUGAAGACAUCCAUUUUAAACAACAUUAAGAUUGAUUAUUAGUACAAAUUGAAAUUUGAAGCAAUCAAUGCCCAAUUCAUGACUGAUUGAUGUAGUGUUAAUAAACACUAAUGGGACACAAUACUUUAUUGGAUGGAGUUUCUGAAAGAACACAAGUACUUGGCUCUAAAUUCCUGAUAUGCAAAGAGCGUGAACAUAAAUACAUUUUUAUAGCUUAUGCAAUUUCUUUGCUGCUUUGAAAGAYGUUGCAAUGAGCUGCAUGGUUUUGGAUAUGAACUCUUCUAUUGAUGUUUUCAAUUUAUGGUAUCUAUUUAUUAUAUUGACAUAUUUUAAUAAUUUUUAUUUAUGAAUUAUACAAACAAAAGGUAUGGUUAUGACAAUUGUCAAAAUGUGUAAAAACAUGUGUUCAGAAAUUAUUAAUAUAUAUUAUCAAUUGUACAGGACUUUUCAUGUUUAACAGUGAAAAUGAAUGCCUUAAUUAAUGUACAGAAUUUAAUAAGGUCAUUUUGAAUAUUGAUACAUUUAUUGACAAUUUAUACAUAUAUUUAUAUUAAGUGCUUAGAAUUAUUGAAACAAUUGUACAAAAUUCAAUUUUUUACUAUAAUUUUUACUCUAUUUAUUUUCUAAGGAUCAUGAUGAUCUUGUCUUUGUUGUUGGAGUAGGAAAAACUCUGAGAUUAUGGUAAAAUUGCAAGCUAAGAUAGCACUAAGAUCGCAUAAUAUUACUUAUAACUAUGACAAUUAUCUUUCAAGAUAUGCAGUAAUUUCUCCCUACUCGACUUUAAAAGGUAGCUGUGCAUGAAAGAAAGACGACUGGUGACAGUGCAAUUAUAGAUACYUUUUGGGGUGUACACUACUGUUAGAACAAAGAUUAUGAUUUGAUGAAAUAACAAAGAGAGGCAGGCAAUAGAAAAAACGAAAAUGUCCGGUAGAACAAUAGACAUAGUUUGAUAUAACCCUACAAUUCUUUGUUGUUGUCUUGAUCAAUCACAAGCUUCAUUCUGACAGUAGUGGUCAACCCACUUGUUCACCAUUGCCUAUAUGCAAUAAUUCAGAGCCUGAUCUAUUCUUGCACUGCAAUUUCACUAGGUGUCUCACAUAGCAAAGUGUAGAUAUACAGCUUUUAGAUUUUAAUGUUGCAGGAACUAUAAAUUAAAGGAGACUUGUAAAAACUAACUGUUGAGUGACACUGAGAACUGUCAGAUUUAAAGUUUCUAACAAGUUUUAAAAUAUUUGAUUUGCAUCUUUUCGACAACUCUAAUGCAGAGCUACAAUUCUAAAGUUAAAUAUUUUGAUUGAAUAAGGUUUAUUUGCUGUGGUCAAAGAAUAAAAAUAUUAAGCAGUUCUUUUGAA